CGCCGCAGACCCGCCCGGGAGCCGCGAUGCCUUUCUCCAGCUCCGGGGCGGACGAUGCCUUCGACUACCUCUUCAAGAUCAUCCUGAUCGGGGACUCCAACGUAGGGAAGACCUGCGUGGUGCACCGCUUCAAGACGGGGCAGUACAACGAGAAGCAGCAGAACACCAUCGGCGUCGACUUCACUGUGCGCUCGAUGGACAUCGACGGCAAGAAAGUGAAGAUCCAAGUGUGGGACACAGCUGGUCAAGAACGCUUCCGGACAAUAACCCAGUCUUAUUACAGGAGUGCCCAUGGGGCCAUCCUUGCCUAUGACCUUACUAGGAGGUCCACAUUUGAAUCCAUUCCUCACUGGAUUCACGAAAUUGAAAAGUAUGGUGCUGCAAACUUGGUCAUGAUGUUAAUUGGGAACAAAUCAGAUUCACUGGAUAAGCGCCAAGUCCUGUUUGAAGAUGCCUGCACACUGGCAGAGAAGCAUGGGCUCUUAGCUGUACUGGAGACAUCAGCAAAAGAAGCUCAAAACAUAGAAGAGGUGUUCACAUUAAUGGCUAAGGAGCUAAUAGCCCGAAAUACCUUACAGCUUCAUGGAGAGAACCCUCCGAACAGCAUCUAUCUUGAUUCCAGGCCAGUGAUUGCCAGUCCGAGCGUGGAGAAGACCCAGUGCCUCUGUUGAAGAGAGAUUUCAGGAAGAACUUGGAAGUCGUCAUUCUUCUGAGGCUGUUUGAUUUCAUUUUAUUCAAUCGAUGAAAGUGUGCUCUGUGGCCUCAAGCCAUCUCUCUUGGUAUCUCUGCCUUGCAGUUUGGCUUGUAAGUAUCUUCAGAGAUUGUUGUUGCUGUUGGUAGCACAGGUUGCUUUGAACAUGGCAGCUGAUACUUUAACAUGAACUUCUGAGCUGAGAGGACUCAGGAAGCUGCCAGCCCUUGCCUUAACCAAAGAGAACUGUAAAAAAUAUUGCCUUUAAUUAUAUCCUUAAAUGAUUUUCUGGCUGUGUCAGAAGAUAAAUUUGCACCAGAGCUCUGCAUUGAUUUGACCCUUCCAAGCUAUGUUGUUUGUUCUAGUGCAAGCACUUUACUCUUUGCCAGUAGCUUUAAAAAGUCUGACGCAUGCUUGGACAGCACUAACCCACUGCUGCUUAAACUUUCAUUUAGGGGCAGGCCUGAUGUCAGGCAUGUCUCCACCCAUCCCAAGGAACUUAAAUAACAUUUGUGAAAGAGUACAUGAUUUCACAUCUGUACCGACUUCCUCACCAGGCAAACCUGGAGACAUCCCUGGGGUUUCAUAGCAGGCAGAAUAUGAUACACUAGGGUCCCAACCUUCUUCCUGGGGUGAGAAAAGCUGUCUUUCACUUUGCUCUCUAAUUGUAAGAAUUGUCUGUAUAAGAUCUCUCUCUUGCUACAUAGACUUGCUAGGAGUAGUGAAGCUUCCAAGGCACCAGUAAUGGCCUAAAUCAAUGCUGGGGUAAAAGGAUUUUUUUUUUUUUAAUCCCUCUCCCUGCCUCUUGUCUUGCUUUUGAUGUGCUGAUUUUCAUCAAAAGCCUUCUGUAGUUUGUGUGAUGGGCAGCUUGAGAGUAUGCCUGUAGAUUUUUUUUUCAAGGUAGCGUGAAGAAGGGAUUCAAGCUCCUGUAAAACUCAGCAGGGGGUAAGAUAGUUUAAUUAUGUAACCUCACCUUAGAGCAGUAAGGGAAUGGUAUGGGGUGUACCAGAAAGCUACCCCUAGGCAAGUAUAUAUGCUGCUGCGAUGGAGACUGAACAUCUUGGUAUCAAUAGAAGGUUUUGUAUUGCUCCUCCCAAAUGCAAGCUCUGCUAUUGGGGGCUCACUUCUUCUAUGUACUGGAACUGAAUGAAGGGUUUGGGUUUUUGUUUGGGUUUUUUUUUCCAGUAGAUGGAAACAGGGAAGGAGAGGGAGGAAAGAAAUAUUAUGCGGAGGAGGUUUUUUGACUGCAGUCCACAUGUACCAAAGUGCAUCACUUAGCUUAACAGUAACUAUGAACUGGAACUCAAACUCUGUAAUGAUAAAAUACAGUCUGAGUCACAUGCAAAGAAGCCCUGGGAAGGCUGGUAUGCUGCUAGCUUACCAGAUGGCAGCCUACCCAUGUUUCACAAGUUCUUGAAAAACAGGGAAAAAUACGUAGCAAAUAUUUCUGGAAAAUCUUGAGAAGCACAAAAAAAUAAAGCAGAAUGAAUCAUUGAUUUAUAGUCUGGCAAGUAUUUCUAAUAUUAUUAAUGCUUCCUCUGGCCAGGUUCUUAGCUAUCACAUGCAAAGAGCAGGGGUUAAUUCAGGUAUGUGUAAACUCAGGGAGAAAUCUUCAAUGCUAGCCUUUGCUAUAGCCUGCUGUGGAGAAAGCACUAUCUUCUUCAGACAUCCUCUUCCUGAUGUUUACUUUUUCAAUCUUAAUUUCAUCUUGAUUUGGUGGUAGCCUAGUAGUUGCAUUUCAGUUUGCAUAUUUAAGCAACAGUAAACACCUAACCUUCCAAAGUAGCUGAACAAGUAGCAAUCCAGCUUCCAAACAACUAGUUUCUACACCUCUUGUCACUAGGAAAACAGCCAAAUGUAAAUCUAGUAGUCUUGUGUGUUUCAAAUCCAAACUACUCCUGGUAGUAGUUUGUAGUGUAGCAGUUUUUACUUUUUAGUAUCCACACUUUGGAUAGCCAAACUGCUAGCCAACUUUGUUCUAUUUCAGACAUACCAGAGAUAGUAUUUGCAGCAAAUACUAAUCUUCCAGGAGACCUUAAAAGCAUUAUGUUCAUCUCCAGUUACACUCCUUCAUUAGCCGAGAAUUAGAGGAAGGAUCUUACCAGCAGAGUAUUAACCUUUGUAUGGUUCGUUGGGUUUACUGCCUUAAUUAGAGAUUACUGUAUGAAGUGAUUUUGCUUACCCUCAGUACGGAGAUGUCUGUAGGCUGAUGCUCCCUUAACUGCCCAGCACUGCCAGGUUACAGGGCCCUUGCCAUUCUCUUCCCGCACACAUGGAGCUACUUGCAAAGUCUGUCCUUCCUUGGCAGAAAGCUGUGCAACACGGGAUCAGGGAGAACAGGCUUGUCAUUGUGCUUUGAGCUGCACUGUUCCCUUUCCUUUAACAGGUGUAACAGGCUCCUUGCUACUCUUUCAAGAAACUAGUCUUAAAUACCUACCUGUUGUGCAACUAAGCCAGGAGUGUGACCUCUUUUGGUUGGUUCUGUUUGGCAUCUUCCACAAGCCCUUUGGGCAGUUAUACUGAAUGGUUUCCAUAGGGUCACUUCUUAAGCUGUCGUCAUGUGAAUGAAGAGCGAGCUGCAGCGGUUGCUAACAAGAAGGUUCUUCAGAGUGUCUAUUAGUAGACAGUAUUAUUCAUGAGGUAAUACAUGAAGAAAGCUAUAAACUUAAAAAAAUCCCUUUAUUAUAGCAUGUUAUUCUAGACUAAGAUAGCAACCACUAGAUUAAAAACCAAGCACAGUGUAACUUCUGCAGUUGUGCCUUUCCCCAUCACAGAGCAGAUGGAAGCAUGUGGCUAUGACAAUGCAAGUAGCAUUAACUGCUAUGGAACCUUAUAUUAAUGUGUUUGUUCCCCCAGCAUCAUAUGCAAAUUCAAUGUGCUUCUUGACAGCAUCAUUA